AUGUCUAACCCUAAUAAUCCGAAUAAUCCUAAUAAUCCUAAUAAUCCGAAUAUUCCUAAUAAUCCGAAUAUUCCUAAUAAUCCGAAUAUUCCUAAUAAUCCUAAUAAUCCGAAUCCAUUAUGGUGGACAGAUGAUGAAAUCGAACGAUUGAAUAAUGCCGUGUUCAUACUUGGUCCUCGUAAUUGGAAUAAUAUUGCUCGCCAAGUUAGGACCCGUACCUCGGUGGAAUGUCAAACUAUAUGGAGACGAUUAACAUAUUAUAAUUCAAUGAAUCUUAAUCGUCCUGCAACUUUAAACCUUGGCAUGUCUCAAAGAUUUGCAGUCAAUUAUCGUAAUAUGGCUCAAAACGGUCAAAGCGAAGGUCAAAAUUCUAUCAGCUUAACAGCAAUACUUACAAAUCCAAUACAACAAAACACUAGAAUGUCAAUAAAUUAUAUUUUGACUCAUGAUCGUGAUAUGAGGAUGACAAUUUAUUAUAUAACUAUAUAAUAUCUUAACUUUCGGUGUUCGCCAUCGGGAUGGCAUAUAAUCAUACCACAUUUUUUUCUUUUCGAUUUUAUUGAAGCGUAUACGUUGCGUUACCGACAUUUAUUAGCGUAAUUUUUUUACAUUAAGAGAGUGAGUUUUAUAG